AUGGACAUCUCGUAUCAGCUCUGGUCUCUGGUAGAGCAGACACGGUGCUCAUCGACCCGGCUCCCAGCGAAGACCCACCCUGCCAGUCGAAAGCGGACAGCGGUAGAGAAUCAGGCUACUGAGUCCUUGCUGACAACUUCUAAAGCUCUUGACGAUGCUGCUGCCCUGGCAAUCAGCCACGCCACGGCACACAUUUCAGCUGUGUUGGCCGCUCUUGACGCCGUGACACCGAGCUCCAUUGCGCAGUUGCAGAACAGUCUUUUACUUUCAGACGCGGAGCUGCUGUCUGUAAGUGGGUCUUUAAAGGCAUUCGCUGAGACACUCACCAAGGUCGCCGCACUGACCGCGAAACAACGUGGACGCGGCCGCUUCAAGGGCACAUCUUCAGCUGGCGCAGACAGCAAAGACGCGUUGGAGAGUCUCGCAGCGGAAGGACUGGAUACGCAAGAUGGUUCGGCUCAAAGUGGUGUUGUAGCGCAUCUUCGACAGGCUAUUUCGACUCUGGAGCAGCGCAUCGCCGCAAAACGUCUGCACGUCGCUCUGGCGAAGGAGGAGUUGGCCCUCUACAAGACGGAGCUGUUUUUCUACGGCCACUGCGGUGUACUCUUUUGCUCCGACCAGGUGGCCUCGGAGGUCAAUCGUUGUAUGGAGACGACGCGCAAGGAGACGGCAUUGUGGGGAAAGCGUGGUGACGAUAGAGCAGUGUACGCGGAGUCCGAUGGACUCUCCGAUGACGUUGGCGGAAAAUACCGACAGCAACACACUUCUUCGAAGUUUCCCACAUCGAAGUCAGGCUUUGGCACGACCUUUCGUGUAGUCGACGGGAUGAUGCAGCGGGCUGCGGUAACCGUCAAGGCAGCUGGGAGCCAUGCAGACUCGGCACUGCAGGUUGCACUGACGGGCGGUCACGCAGCCGCGCGGCAGCUCCUGCACGCCGGCACUGCAUCAGUUGCGGAACUACUUACGUUCGGCGCAGCAGCGCGCCAUGGCAGCCGGGGCGACUUCUCGGGCCCUGCUGCUGAGGCCGGCUUGACCACUGCAGGUGGUCUUGCGCUUCGGCCGCUGACACUUCAGCCGUUCCAGCUCACGAAGGAAGAAGAAGCACGUUUGCAAGAGCAGAAUCGCGCGCUUCUGGAGGCCCAACGUGAGGCAUCUGCACAAGAUGCCAAGGCAGUCGAAGCGUCUGUUAGGGAACUGUCACAGCUGACCUCGCUGAUGAAUGAACAGGUGAUGCAGCAAACGGCCCAAUUUUCCCUGCUCGUCAGAAACACAGAGACGGCUCACGCAAACGUCAAGAAGGCGGUCGGCGAGGUAGCGAAACCGCUGAGCACCUUUUGGAAUCCGACGCGGCAACUCGUGGGGCUUCUCUGGGUGUGCAUGGUUCUUGUCCUCGCUGUAGACUGGGUCUCGCGGUGA